AUGCUGGCUGCCGUGGCUACCCGCUCGGCACGCCCGGCAGCCUGCUUCCGGGAGAUGGGCACCCGGCCCAACUCCGGGCUUGGCAUCGGCCGCCGCAUCCUGGACAGUCUUCGCCAAGCCAAGGAUUCCCUGGUGUCCCCCUCUUCCAAGGGUGCGAAGCAGCGAUCGCUGCCUGACGCCCUGUCCGAUCUGGAGGGCGUGGUGACCAACCCCCAGUUGCCACCAAGCAUCCUGGAUGGGAACCGGGAGAUGCUACGGAGGCUGCAGGGCUUCUGCCUCCGGCUGUCCAUGCCAUCCUCCUUCCCACCCAAGGAAACCCUGAGGGUCCAGUUUGCCGUCAAGAAGCCCAAGGGCAUCGACUACGCGCGGGGCCUGCUGCGCACGACGGGGGCCGACUGCGAGGAGAGCGUGAGAGCCGACCUCGCCGCCCUGUUCCAGCGGGCGGGCGUGGAUCCCAGCUUCAGCUUCCAGGACCGGGAGUUCUUCGGCGGGCGGGCGGCCUUUCUGCGCGCCAUGAUGCGCAAGACAGCGGGGGCCAGAGAUGCUUGUGAUGCUCUGUUAAAGCCGGAGGAGUCGGCGGCCGCGAAGAAGGAGAGCGCGGCGCUUAGGUGGAAGCUGCGGAUGCAGCAGAUGGACCCCCUCUUUGGUGCCCUGGCGGCACUGCCCUGGGUCGUGGAGGUGGACCCCGAGAAAGCGCGGCAUGUGCAGACCACCGUCCUGGACUCCCUGGAGGGAGAUGGCUGGGACGUCCGCGGCGCGGUGCACAAGAUCUGGGCGGGCGCGCGCGACUACAAGGCGCUGCGCGUCGGCGUGGACCCGGGGUCCUGCGACGCGAUCAAGGCCGUGCUGGAGCACACCAGGCGGUACGACGAGCAGUAUGGCCACAAGGUGUACCUCCCGCAAUGA